AAUUAAUCACCAAAUAUUCAUAUAUUUCUUCAUCAGCCAAAUAUACAUACAUACAUGUAUAUCCUCAGCCGAAGCCUCCUCCUCAAAUUCAUUUAUUUCUUCAUCACCACCCAAUUAUAUUUCACCCAAAAAUCCCAUGGAAACCAAAUUAAGUACUGCACCCCUUCUUCAUGUGGCGGAGUUCGCAAUAUUAGCUAUCCUUUCAGGCUCAAUACCGAUCCAAAACGUUGCGGUCAUCCCAAAUACGUACUUUCAUGCGAAAACAAUACCACCUCAAUAUAUAUCAAUUCUCUAAAAUACCUCGUCCACGAAAUCAACUAUACCAAAGAGACCAUCCGUCUUGCUAUUCCUAAUGUCACAAUAAUUGAGAGUUGCUCAUUCCCCAAAUACCGUUUAUUACAUGACACGUUUUAUUCCGAUGUGCAAAAAAGUGUUCCAAUUAGUUUGAUGAGCUGCCCAUAUCCACUCAAUGGUUCGAAGCUUUUGGAAAUUACUUCUCAUUGUGCAGACAGAAAAUUAUAUGGUGUGAAUGGAAGUCGCGCAUAUAUAAUAUUUGGCACAGAUUUACACCAAGUAAAGGAUAUGUGCAAAAUAGACCUCGUGGUGAUGACUUCACUGCCACUUAAAAUAGAAGAGAAUGUUUCCUUUUCAACUAUGCACAAAGCUCUGCUAUAUGGUUUUGAGGUUUCGUGGUUUUUGACUUCGGACGUUAAAUGUAUACACAGUCCAUGGCCCCCAUCACUUGCGGAUAAAUACUAUUUUUGCGGUGACUUCCCAGCUUGGUUGGCCGAGGCUCUUCAAUGUUAGUAAUUCUUUAACUCUCUUUUGUUGUUCAAAUAAUUCUUCAUUUAUCAUCUAAUUAUUCAAUUCUAAGCUAAA